AACUUCGGGGUGAAAGGUCGUAAAGAUGGCGCUGGCCGUGCGCUUGCUACCCCACUUGCUGCUGCGCCGCUCGCUGCCUGUCGAGGCGGCUCGAAGCUGGGGCCCUAGGGCGGCCGGUCGGAGGCAGUCGGUGGGGCCUGGACAUUGCUGCUUCUGUCUCCGCCGCCUGAACUCGGGAGCGAUUCUGUUUCCCUAUGGCGCCUGUGCCUCGGCCGCCGCGGCCCGGCUUGCUGCCCAGGAUCCCCGGCGUCGCCUGCUCCUCUCUGCGGGGCUGCCCGCCGCCUUCCCGGCUGCCCCCGCCUGUGCCCGUCGCGGCUACAGCACCGAAGAGCAGCAGUCUCCGCCACGGCAGAAAACCAAGAUGAUCAUUCUGGGCUUCUCCAACCCCAUCAACUGGGUGCGGACACGCAUUUACGCCUUUCUCAUCUGGGCCUAUUUUGACCCCGAGUUCAGCAUCGCUCAAUUCUCGGAAGGAGCCAAGCAGGCUUUUGCUCAUGUGUCCCAGUUGUUGUCACAGUGCAAAUUUGAUCUGUUGGAAGAACUGGUGGCCAAAGAGGUAUUGCAGGCAUUGAAAGAAAAAGUCACUUCACUCCCUGACAAUCAUAAAAAUGCCCUGGCUGCUGACAUAGAUGAAAUUGUUUACACAUCCACAGGAGAUAUUUCUAUUUACUAUGACGAUAAAGGAAGGAAGUUUGUUAACAUCCUGAUGUGCUUUUGGUAUCUAACCAGUGCCAAGAUCCCGAAUGAAACUAUAAGUGGAGCCAGUGUAUUCCAGGUUAAAUUGGGGGAUCAGAAUGUGGAAACUAAACAGCUUCUUAGUGCAAGCUAUGAAUUUCAAAGGGAAUUUACACAAGGCGUAAAACCUGACUGGACCAUUGCACGGAUUGAACACUCAAAGCUAUUAGACUAAUCUUUCUGGAAAAAUCAGGUUAUUGGACUAGAAGCAAUUACUCUUAAAAAAUUGAGGAAGAAAAAAAAUUUUCUCAUCAGUCAUUUUUCUUUUAUCGAGGUCUGUGGGUUACUUUUGUAUGACUUUAAAAUCUUCUUGUACUAUGUUGGCAUGGUUUAAUAAAGCAUUUUCCACAGAUUGGCAUCACCUUCUAAAAAGGGUUAAAUCAGAACCACUUAAAAUAGCAUUGUUGAUGUCAUACCCAAUAGUAUUCUAAUAUUCAUAUAUGUACAUACUAAUUUUAUAGACACAAUAAAGAUGUUGAACCAU